AUGGAGACGCCAGUCUUUGCGGCACAUUACGGACCUCAUCCAGAAGAAGCUCUGGAAAUCACAGAAUCCACAGAACUGUCAUCUGAGAAACUUGUGAUGUGCUGUACAAUUGUGGCUUUGGAUGCCAAGUUCACCAUCUUGCUUACUGUCUAUUGGUUGCAUUCGCAACUCGACGAACCCUUGUUCUCAGUGAAAACGGUACCAAUUGGAUCUAUAGCUUAUGAAGUGACUUGGGGGAAGGGUGGAAAAGACCACGUGUUGCCUGUUUUUUGCACCAUUUUGAGAGCAAAGUCUGAGUACCACCUUCUAAAUAGAAGAAUGUCAUGGUCAGCCUGGGAGAACUGA